AAGUGUGGGGGAAGUCGAUAUUCUGACGACGACAACGUAUCGCUGGUAGGUAACUAAAGUUUUAUCACAGAAAUGUCAUCUAUAGACCUUGUGGAUGAGUUAAAUUAAAAUCGUUGAAAAACUAAACUUCAUUAUGAUUUAAAGGAUCCUCAGUUAAGUCAAUGUAAGAAGAAGAAGAGAAAAACACAGGUCUUAACGUCUUAAUGGAACUGGAAAAGCAAGGAUCAUGUCAGCUGAACUCAAUUAAUGAAACCAGGAAUGAAUGCCAUCACCCAUCUUGUGAGCUGUUGAGGGAGAACAACCACAGGCUGCAGAGGGAAAAUGAUUCUCUCAAGGCAAAAAUAGCAACAAUGAAAUUGCUGCCAGACGUUUUGCAGAAGAUGGAGGAGUUUCUCCGCUCAGCACCAAGACCAACGACAACACCAAUACCAACACCAACACCAAGACCAAGACCAGAACCAACACUAUCACCAGCACCAACAGCAGUUCCACCACCAGCAACAGAAGACCCAUCACCAGCUCCAGGUCCAUCAUCAGCAUCAGCAACAGAGGCCCUGGGCCACUCUGUCAUUCCAAAAGGACUUGUGGAGCGCUGCUCCUUCCAAAGCCCCCAGAAGUUCAUAAACGAUCUCCUACAUGGGAUGUAUACCAGAGAAUAUAUGGCAGGCCAUUCAGUGACUGGCCAGUCAUCCAGCAGCUGCACAGAAGGAAAACCUGGCCUAGCCAAACAGGACCUUGUUGAAAUAACAAAUGCUGCAAAGUUGAAGUUCACCUACGUAACUGAUACGAACAUAAAAGCAUUUAUACGACAAAAGCUGAACAAUGCUGCCAAAUUUCAGAAACAAUAAAUUAUCAACUGUUUAAAGAAAGUUAAACUUUUGUUCUAUUUUUUUUGUAUUUUAGCAGUCUAGAAG